GUCCUCUCCAUUUUGUUCUGCGAGUGCGACCUUUUUCUUCUUUUUGCCUUUUCUCUCUAAAGGAACAAUUGCUACGAAGAAAUGAAAGAAACCGCUUCGCUUUUUCCGCCCAUCGAAGAACAUCUCAAGUGUAAAGUAGAUCUUGAUUCGCUUAAAUUUGUCUUAAAGCUCAGGCUACCUUCAUGUUCAAUUCUCAGAGAAGUUUUUUUUAUAUUGUUUUCCGAUGGGUUGUUCACAAUCCAAGAUCGAGAAUGAGGAAGUGGUUUCGCGAUGUAAGGAUCGGAAGAUGUUCAUGAAAGAAGCUGUCGCUGCUCGGAAUGCCUUUGCGGCGGCGCAUUCUUCAUAUGCUAUGUCGUUGAAGAAUACUGGCGCUGUUUUGAGCGAUUACGCUCAUGGAGAGGUACCGCCAGCUGCGUCGUCUCUUCCUGGUGUAGCUGUUGCUCAAUCGGCAGCUGUGGCGGCGUCGGCGUCUUAUAAUAGUUUGCCUCCGCCGCCGCCUCCGCUUCCUGGUUCCCCCGGUAUGCCGCUUCGGAACGGUACGAGUAUGUUUGAAAUCAAGGCCUCGAAGGUUGAACCGAAGCGUGUGGAGACGGUUAUUGAGGAGGUGGAUGAGAAUGAUUUUGAGAUUGAAUGUUCGGUUGGUCCAUUGCGGAGGAGAAGCAAUAGAGAAGGCGGUGGACGUGGCGGUAGAACCGGCCUUGGGGAGCUUGCGGAAGAAGAAAACGGUCCGCCUCCGCCAUUGCCGCCUUCACUGAAUCGGCCUCCACCUCCGAACGAAAACCGUCGUGCUCACUCGCCCUCGCCUCAGGAUGCGACCUACGAUUAUCUGUUCUCAGUUGAAAACAUGCCAGCCCCGACGUUGAGCAGCGUCGAGGAUUUUGGCACUAAUACGGAAGCGAUAGAGCGGAGAGCGGCGGUGGAGAAAUCCGGCGGAGAACUGCCGUCGUCUUCAGCAGGGAAAACGUCGAAGAAGUUGAAGCAAGUAGGUUUUCCAUGUUCGAUCGAGGGUAAAAGGGCUGUUAAAGGGAAUACUAGUCUGCUGCAGAUCUUCAUGGAGCUUGAUGAUCAUUUUCUUAAAGCCUCUGAAAGUGCUCACGAUGUUUCGAAGAUGCUCGAAGCCACUCGGCUUCAUUUCCACUCAAAUUUUGCCGAUAAUCGAGGACAUAUCGAUCAUUCUGCUAGAGUGAUGCGUGUUAUAACAUGGAACAGAUCAUUUAGAGGGUUGCCCAACAACGAUGAUUUGAAUGAUGAUUUUGACACAGAGGAGCAUGAAACUCAUGCCACUGUAUUGGAUAAAUUGCUUGCCUGGGAGAAGAAACUAUUUGAAGAAGUGAAGGCAGGCGAAGUCAUGAAGUUUGAGUACCAAAAGAAGGUUGCUGCACUCAACAAACUGAAGAAAAAAGGCUCCAAUUUUGAAGCAAUCGAGAAAGCCAAGGCCACUGUCAGCCAUUUGCACACCAGAUACAUUGUGGACAUGCAAUCCAUGGAUUCCACCGUCUCUGAGAUCAACCGGAUUCGAGAUGAACAAUUGUAUCCUAAACUUGUUCAGCUUGUCAAUGGAAUGGCUAGUAUGUGGGAAAUCAUGCAUUUCCACCAUGGAGGCCAAUUGAAGGCCGUGGCUGCUCUGAGAACUUUGGAUAUACCUCAGUCGCCAAAGGAAACAAGUGAUCACCACCAUGAGCGCACGGUGCAGCUUUGGGCUGUGGUGCAGGAGUGGCACUCUCAAUUGGAGAAGCUUGUAACCCGUCAAAAAGAGUACAUUAAGGCUCUCUCAAAUUGGUUGAGAUUGAAUCUGAUCCCUACUGAAAGCAGCUUGAAGGAGAAGGUUUCUUCUCCUCCAAGGGUCCGCAGCCCUCCAAUUCAAAGCCUCCUCCAUGUUUGGCAGGACCAUCUCGAAAAGCUCCCGGACGAGGUCCUACGAAACGCCAUAUUCACUUUUGCAACCGUGAUCAACACCAUUGUGCAAAGCCAGGAGGAAGAGAUGAAGUUGAAGGUAAAAUGUCAAGAGACUGAGAAGGAGCUUGCCCGGAAAAGUAAGCAAUUCAAGGAUUGGCAGAAGAAGUAUGUGCAGCGGAGAGCGCCAAAUGCCGAUGAAGCGAACCAAGAAGAAACUGGUGAUAAAGACGCCAUUGCAGAGCGGCAAGCUGCAGUGGAGGCCGUGGAGAAAAGGUUGGAGGAGGAAAGGGAAGAGCACCAAAAGCUAUGCCUCCAUGUGAGGGAAAAGUCUUUGGGGAGCCUAAAAAACCAGCUGCCAGAGCUUUUCCGGGCAUUGUUCGAGUUUUCUCUUGCUUGUUCACGCAUGUAUAGGCACUUAAAAUCAAUAUCACAGCCACUACCCAACAGGCCACAGAGUCAAACAACCGCACGAGUUGGAACAUAAACAUGAACAGAGAGGAAGCAAGCUAAAAGCUAAUGCAGCUGCAGAGCCGAGUAACCCAUUUAUAAUCUCCCUGGUGAAUUCUACAGCUGAAAGGAUCUGGGUGGGUUCGUCGGCGAGCAAAUACACUUGUUUUACUGCCCCUUUUCUGCUGCCGGACAGCCUCCUGUGCUGCCGCCGGCGAAGCCAAAGGCAGUGGGAAUUAGUGUGAAUGGAAAGGAGAGAAAA